AUGCUUCUGCCGCGUAUGGAGGUGGCCAUCAACAUCGUAGAGAUUUAUGAGGGGAUAAUCGACGCCGUCUUGCCAGACUACACAACCUUGCUACAGUGUGCCCUCACAUGCCGUUCAUGGCUUCCUCGCAGCCGCUACAACCUCUUCAGCAGGCCCACUCUGCGGUCUUCGGCACAACUUCAUUUGUUUUUCCAGGCGCUGCGAUACGCUCCUGUGAUGAAAGGGCCUUGCCCUGCAAACACCGUGGAGAAACUCACCCUCGUCACUGCGAGUGCCGGGGUGUGGCCGACAUUCAUGUACUCCGCCUGCGCCCUCCUCGCCGGACGUCUUCCCCACCUCAAGGCGCUUCAAAUAGGACGCCCUUACCUCUGGAGGGACUUGGCCCAGUAUCGCAGCCAACUCGACCUUUCGCCCCGCAUGGCCGUGCAUAUCGCCACAUUCCCCACUCUGAAGCAUCUGGCGCUUAACAACGUCGAGAUCACAUCUUUUAUGGCCCUCGCGCGCGUCAUUGUCGCUCUGCCGAAUAUUUCAGCUCUCGGCCUCUGUGGAGUCUGCUGGAAGAGGCUCGGUUCGAUGGCACACAACUUUCCGUUCGUUAGGAGCGGCUGGCUUAAGCUGAAGGAUGUCACGGUCGUUGGGCGGUGGGAUCUGAUGCCCGGACUCUCUUCGAUAUUCAGUGCAGCCGAUCCUCGAACAAUGAAAGCACUCGCGGUCAACUCCGACGCGUCGGACUCCGAGGAUUUCGCGACGUUGCUGCGGUAUCUACCCACAUAUACGUCCCUAGCAACCCUCGGCGUGGUGGACUACUCGUACCCAGCCGGCGACGCCAUCAACGGGCACACCGCCACCGAGUUGCUCAAUAACCUGGCACCGGCACUGCGUCUCGACCGCUUUGUCGUGGAUUUCACCUACGCUCAGUACGACUCGCGGCAGAACAUACUGGAAAGUGUCGCCGCGGUAAGCAAGAUGAUGCAGGAACCACCCGACAGCCUCUGCUGCUUAGAAAUUCGUGUCACGGAUUGGGACGGGACCGCUAGCUGGUGGAAGGCGGAGAUCGUUUCCCUUUUCUUUGCCGCAGUGCGGGCGUGCGGGAUGCUGCAGGUCAUAGUAAUCAGGCCACAUGCCGAACAGACUGCCGACGGGAGUAUAAUCUAUGAAGAUGGAGCGGUGUGA